UCAUUUGAAAUAAUUUUCUUUGUUUUGAGAUUAAACUUUUGUAAAAUUUGGGAAAAAUUACAAAACUUGAUUUUAAGUACAAUUUUCUUUUCAAUCAUCAAUUAUUUAUUCAAAAUUGUCUGUUUUCCAUGCAAGCGGUGCGGAGUUCCAAUUGUAUCUUUACCGCAAUUUCAUGAAAGUUGAUCUUGGUUCAUAGAGAAAUAUUUUUUAUCAAAAAUUGUUAUGAUUCUUUAAAAUAGAUUGUUUAUCUGCAACUAUUGAUAAGGAUUAUUCAAAUGUCAACAAUCUGUUGUAUUUACUGAAAUGACCACGACGGAAAUAUUGCUUCAACUGAAUUUAUCACUGUUCCACGUUUCACAUCAUCAUUCGGACGGUCAGCAUUUCAUUCAGUUGCCAGCUGCAACAGUGCAAGCUGACUUGACGAAUGUCAAUAAGUGUAUUUGGUUAUAAGUAUCGGAGAUGGCAGGAAUUGUAAAUAGUGAUUUUGUAUCAAAAGCUGAAGAUUUUGCAGAAGAGGUUUACAAACGAACCAGGGUAUUUCUGCCGACAUUAGCUAGAGCAUGUCUAAUAUCAACAUUUUUAGAAGAUGGAAUUCGAAUGUGGGUGCAAUGGUCACAGCAGAGUGAAUACAUGAAUAUGUCAUGGGGCUGUGGAUAUUUCCUGGCCACUGUAUUUGUAUUAGUUAACAUGGUGGGGCAGAUCGGAGGUUGUGUGAUGGUAUUGACACAAAAGCAGGUUCCCAUCGCUUGCGGUGUCCUAUUCUUCAUUGUUGUUCUUCAGACAUUCGCUUAUAGUAUAUUAUGGGAUAUUCAGUUCCUGCUAAGAAAUCUAGCACUGAUCGGAGCGCUCCUAUUGGUUGUGGCCGAAAGUCACGUGGAAGCCCGCAGUUUAUUCGCUGGAGUUCCUACAUUAGGUGAUAAUAAGCCGAAAAACUACCUUCAAUUAGCUGGAAGAUGCUUAUUGGCGUUUAUGUUUGUGACACUUAUUAGAUUUGAAGUAUCAUUCCUCCAGAUUGUUCAAGACAUCCUAGGCUCAGUGUUAAUGGUUCUGGUGACAAUUGGCUACAAGACGAAGCUCAGCGCUCUCAUUCUAGUUUUCUUUCUAACGAUUCUCAAUUUCUACCACAACGCGUGGUGGCAGAUUCCCGAGCACAAGCCUCUGCGCGACUUUCUCAAAUACGACUUCUUCCAGACAUUGUCGGUGGUGGGAGGCCUCCUGAUGAUUGUCCUACUAGGUCCGGGCGGCGUAUCCAUGGACGAGCACAAAAAACGGUGGUAGACAGUUAAGAACUUUCAAAAAUCUAUCGAAUUGUUAAGAAAACUGAGUGCAAGUUGAAGUGAGAUAUUCAGGAUAUAGAUGGAGAAGGAGAUCACUCGAAUUAUCAAUCAAAUAUGUUGGAUGAUGUGUUAGUUGAAAUGCCGAUGACUGAAAACUAUGUGAUCAAUUAUGUCAUUUGUAUCCUGGUGUAAUUACUAUAAAUUAUAUAUUAUUUAUUGAUUA